AGUUAAUGUGAGAUUUUAAUCAUUACUGAAUAAUUGUUCCUGUAUCUUAAUGGAGAUAUAUCAAAAGAAAAAACGCUGAAUUUCUUAGAAUCUUCUUACACAAAUCAAAGUAAUUCAUGUAUCUUUUCUAAAAUAUUUCAAAACUAAAGUUUGUUUUAUUUAUUUUAACAAAUCCCCUAUUGGCAACCGAAUGUGGCAAGCUGUCCCAUUAAGGGUCUCUCAGGUUUUAGGUGACAUUAGUUAUCCCUCUCCCUGUAUGAGGAACCGCAGCCGCUCCUGCGGAGUCUGUGCAGCGAUUGCGCUUAGCUGGGAUGUGUGCUGGACGCAGACAGCGUGUGCUGAGGGUGGAGCUAAAGUUUGAAGGCUUGAAAACGGAGCAGCGUUCAGUUUGUAGUGGGACAGGUUUGCUUUCACAUGAUGGGAGGAUGUACGCCGCUUCUCCGGCACUGAUUGGAGCCAGAUUUGAGCGCAUUCUGAGGAUUUACUCGUAAAUGUGGGUCCAUUUCUGAGACUUUUAUCCAGAGACCGGCUGGUGUUCUCUGCGGAAGAUCCAUAAUGACUUUAACCAAAUGGCUGCUUGUCUGAGUUUAUCGCUGACCCAUCAGAAGGGGCUUUAAGUACAAAAAGCAAGCAGCUGUUGAGCCAGAAAGGAUUCCUUUUCUCCUUGCUAACCCUGUGUACGGACCUCUGGGAGUGCAAAAAUCCAGCCAAGGACACGUUCACUCCCACCCCUCUCCGCCUGCAGGAAGAUGGGAGUGAAAACAUGAAGCUGUGUGGAGUCAAGAGGAGGUUUUAAUGAAUUCCAGGGAAUCCUGAAAGCAACUGAGAAAUUGUGUGUGCGAGAAUUCUUCAGCCAUGUGCUCAUUAGCUAUGACCAUCCGCAGUCUUUUGGCUGCUGCGCUGCUAUUGGCUGGUAGUCUGCAAUCAGCCAGUAAAACUGAGGAGGACGUCACACCACGCAUCAGUUUUCCAUACAAUGCAAAGGAGAGAUCAGCCAAGAGAUUUUCAGUGGGUGGCGUCUUCAAUUACACCUCUCUGCUGCUCAGCCAGGAGGAUGACAUGCUGUACGUCGGAGCCAGGGAGGAGCUGUUCGCCCUCAGCCUCUCGGACAUCAGCAAGAGCAAGCUACAAAAGAACCUGACAUGGGGCACUCCUGCUGGAAAAAGAGAAGAGUGCGGUUUUAAAGGAAAAAACUUGGAGACCGAUUGCUUCAACUACAUCAAAAUUCUCCUGCGGCUCAAUAGCACUCAUCUCUACGUGUGCGGUACCUACGCCUUCAGUCCUGUCUGUGCCUACAUUAAUACGUCCACAUUUACACUGGCAAGAGACGAAGCGGGCGAGAUUGUGACAGACGACGGGCGCAGUCGCUGUCCUUUUAAUCCGGAGUACAAAUCCACCGCCAUCAUCGUGGACGGGGAGUUAUACACCGGUACCGUCAGCAACUUUCAAGGGAAUGAGCCUGUCAUUUACAAAAGUUUGGGUCAGGGAACUUCACUGAAAACAGAAAACUCUUUAAAAUGGCUCCAAGAUCCAGUCUUUGUUGGGUCAGCUUACAUCGAGGAGAGUCAGCCGGCAGGAAACCCUGUGGGCAAUGACGACAAGAUUUACUUCUUCUUCAGCGAGGCGGGGAAAGAGUUUGACUUCUUCGACAACACCAUCGUGUCGCGGAUCGCUCGCGUGUGUAAGGGGGACAAGGGAGGUGAGCGGGUGCUGCAGAAGAAGUGGACCACCUUCCUAAAGGCCCAGCUCCUGUGCUCCCUUCCCGACGACGGCUUCCCCUUCAACAUUAUCCAGGACAUGUUUGUUCUGAAGCCCACUGGAGACAGCUGGGAGAGCACUGUCUUCUACGGCGUCUUCACUUCACAGUGGUAUAAAGGGGCGUCGGGUAGCUCAGCGGUGUGUGCUUUCAGCAUGGCUCAGGUGGAAGCUGCCUUUAGUGGCCGCUACAGAGAAGUCAACCGGGAGACCCAGCAGUGGUACACCUACAACCACCCAGUACCUGAGCCACGGCCCGGAGCGUGCGUGACCAAUCACGCCAGGCAAAUGGGUAUUCAGUCGUCCUUGCACAUGCCUGAUAAAGUCCUCAACUUCGUGAAGGACCACUUCCUGAUGGACAGCGUGAUCCGCAGUGCCCCCCUGCUGCUGAAACGCAGUGUGCGCUACACCCAGAUUGCCGUGCACAAGAUCCAAGGGAUGGAGAGAGCGUAUGAUGUCCUCUUUAUUGGGACAGAUGAUGGAAAGCUUCACAAGGCCAUCAAUGUGAACGAUAAGAUGCACAUCAUAGAGGAGAUGGUUCUGUUUGCAAAACCGCAGCCUGUGCAGCACAUUGAGCUGGACUCUCAGCGGGGUCUGCUGUUUGUGUCGUCAUACUCGGGCCUGGUGGAGGUUCCUGUGGCUAACUGUUCGAACUAUCUGAGCUGUGGUGAGUGUGUGCUGUCCAGAGAUCCCUACUGUGCCUGGACGGGGCGGCUGUGCCGUGAUGUCAGGAUGGCCCCGCCCGACAGCCACUGGCAGCAAGACGUGGAAGAGGCAGACACAUCAGCGAUUUGUAACUCGACCGUUCCCUUCCUCAGAUCUGCCAGGCCAGCAGCUUCUCGUGCAUCUCGUUGUAAGUUUAUUACAGUCCCGGCCAACACAUUUCGAGUGUUGCCUUGUAAGCUGCGGUCCAACUUGGCUCAGAGGAAGUGGCAUUACAGUGACAGCGCCAGCCAGUUCCUCUAUGCCACCCCAGAGGGGAACCUGGUGGUUGUGGCUCAGACUGACAGGACGGAGACCUACGAGUGUUGGUCGGAGGAGGAGGGCUUCCGCCAGCUCUUGGCCAAUUACUGCGUGAGGGCAGAACCCCACCAGGAAAGCACCACUCUGAUUGGUCACUCGCGCACGCCUCACGUUGCGCAGGAGGAAACAAUCAUUCUGCCCGGCGAGUCUCGCUCAGAGCAGGCCCACACCAAGACGUACUGGAACGAGCUGAUUGUGGUGUGCGCUCUGUUGGCGUUCUCCCUCGUUGUGUUCUCCUUGUUCAUCAUCUACAGGAAUCGUGAUCAUAUGAAGUCCGUGCUGAAGCAAGGAGAGUGCCCCAACAUGCAGCAGAAGAAGCCCAGGAUAGUUGGAAAGCCCACAGAGAGCUUACCCCUAAAUGGGAACACCAUCCCCGUUUCCACUUCAGAUCACAAGGGCUACCAGACGUUAAACGACAACUACAUCUGCAGCACGCCCACACACGAGUCCUCGCCGGAAAACAGCAAGAGUUUCUCCGAGGCUUCCGACAGGCGGCCGCUCAAUGUAAAAGAGAGUCACGUGGAGUACUCCCCAACCUGCCCGCGGCCCCGAGUGAGGCUGGGUUCAGAAAUCAAGGACUCCAUCGUAUGAGGACCGCAACUUUUCCAAAGCGACGACAUCCUGCAUCUCCAUGAGCGAAACAGGCCACCAAGCGAAGGAGAGGAGAUUUCCACCAACAUCACAGCACAUUUUUAUUUCUCUAGUGAUCUGGUUCUGUGAUCAGUGCAGAGGUCAUUCUGUUUUACCAUUUCCACUCCGACACCAGAGCUUGGUCUGGUUCGCUGCAAUAGGAGGCAGAGGGUGCAGCAUGAACACUAGACCAUGGCAGCUGCUAAGAUUAUGUUUCAUUGUAUCUGCCUCCUUUGAGCCUUUCUGAUGGACAAUAACAUAUUAUGAGUGUGUGUUGGCUAAGAAGCUGGGUAAUAUGGGAAAAGCAAUUAAAAACCAUGGACCUAUAACCGCAUCUUUUCUGGUAUGCAUCCAUUAAUUGCCCAAACCGGAUGUCAGGUCGUUGAUAAUUGCCCAGCUAUGAAUGGGUUCCUUGCACAUUUUCUGUGCACAACUUGGUUAUGCACAAAGAACCAAGCUACAGCUACACGGUGACCAAGAGUUCAGGGUUAGGUGAAUAUUAUACAAGUACUUCAUUUUUAACAAGUCCACCACACAUUUGUUCCCUUUCUGCUGAGUAAAUGUUAAUGAUCGUUUCAGGAUAAAUAUGGUGAAAUGUAAGAAAAGGCCAGGAGAAUCCACUACACGUUGACUUGCUCGAGGACAACUGUAACAUAAAGAGAGGAGACGAAAUAAAUUGUGACGAAAAAGUCUGCUCUGUU